AUGAUUUCUCACACGGUGCAGCCAUCUGAUAAGGUUACCAACUUCUGUGCCGCUGACAGGGACCCCGACGCAAUGGUCCAUAACUUGAGAAAGCUUAUUAAAAAAUCUCAGAUUCCAGCGUCAUUUGUUCGUCUACUGAUGGAGCAUGUGAAACUGUGGAUGCCAUUUUUGCCAAAGGACUACUGGACGCUUAGGCGAACUCCACGAAACUUCCGUAUACAAAAG